AUGGCCGCGCACGGGAAGCUGCGCCGGGAGCGGGGGCUGCAGGCCGAGUAUGAGGCGCAAGUCAAAGAAAUGCGCUGGCAGCUGAGCGAGCAGCUGCGCUGCCUGGAGCUGCAGGGCGAGCUGCGGAGAGAGCUGCUGCAGGAGCUGGCCGACUUCCUGCGGCGCCGCGCCGAGGUGGAGCUCGAGUACUCCCGAGGCCUGGACAAACUGGCUGAGCGCUUUGCUGGCCGUGGAGGUCGCCUGGGGGGCAGCGGCCGCGAACACCAAAGUUUCCGGAAGGAGCCGGCCCUCCUGUCGCCCUUGCACUGCUGGGCUGUGUUGCUGCAGCAGACGCGGCAGCAGAGCCGGGAGAGGGCGGCCCUCAGCGAGGUGCUGGCCGGCUCCUUGGCCCAGCGUCUCAGCCACAUCUCGGAGGACGUGGGCCGCAUUGUCAAGCAGAGUAAGGAUUUGGAGCAGCGGCUGCAGGAGGAGCUCUUGGAGGUGGUGUCAGAACUUCAGACGGCCAAGAAGACGUACCAGACUUACCACGUGGAGAGCAUGAACGCCGAAGCCAAGCUCCGGGAAGCAGAGCGGCAGGAAGAGAAGCGGGCAGGCCGGACAGUCACAACGGCCACCACCACCGAGGCAGGGCCCCUUCGCAAGAGCUCCCUUAAGAAGGGAGGGCGCCAGGUGGAGAAGCGUCAGGCCAAGUUCUUGGAGCACAAACUCAAGUGCACGAAGGCACGCAACGAAUACCUGCUCAGCCUGGCCAGUGUCAAUGCUGCUGUCAGCAACUACUACUUGCGCGAUGUCUUGGACCUCAUGGAUUGCUCUGACACCGGAUUCCACUUGGCCCUAGGCCAGGUGCUCCGGAGCUACACUGCUGCUGAGAGCCGCACCCAGGCCUCCCAGAUGCAGGGCCUGGGCAGCCUGGAAGAGGCAAUAGAGGCCCUGGAUCCUCCAGGGGACAAGGCCAAGGUGCUGGAGGUGCAUGCAGUUGCCUUCUGUCCCCCACUGCGCUUUGACUACCAACCCCAUGAGGGAGAUGAGGUGGCUGAGAUCCAGGUUGAGAUGGAGCUGCGGGAUGAGAUUCUGCCCAGGGCCCAGAAUAUCCAAAGCCGCUUGGACCGACAAACCAUCGAGACCGAGGAGGUCAACAAGACACUGAAGGCCACAUUGCAGGCCCUGCUGGAGGCGGUGGCCUCGGACGAUGGGGACGUGCUCGAGUCCUUCCAGGCCUGUCCCUCCACUGAGUCCCUCAAGUCAACCAGCUCCGAUCCAGGGGCUCGGCAGGCUAGCCGAAGGCGGAGCCAGCUGCAGGAAACAGAGACCUUCUAUCUCACGAAGCUGCAGGAGUACCUGAGUGGACGGAGCAUCCUCGCCAAGCUGAAAGCCAAAAAUGAGAAGCUGCAGGAAGCCCUUCAGCGAGGUGACAAGGAGAUGCAGGAGGCAUCCCGGACCCAGUAUACACAGAGAAAAUUCCAGAAGAGCCGCCAUCCCCGCCCCAGCUCCCAGUAUAACCAGAAACUCUUUGGGGGCAAUAUGGAGAAGUUUAUCCAGAGCUCAGGGCAGCCUGUGCCGCAGGUGGUGGAGAGCUGUGUCCGCUUCAUUAACCUUCACGGCCUGCAGCACGAGGGCAUCUUCCGGGUGUCGGGCGCCCAGCCCCGGGUUUCAGAGAUCCGAGAAUCUUUCGAGAGAGGGGAGGACCCGCUGGUAGAAGGCUGCACUGCCCGUGACCUGGACUCGGUGGCCGGGGUGCUGAAGCUCUACUUCCGGAGCCUGGAGCCCCCCCUCUUCUCCCCGGACCUGUUCGGGGAGCUGCUGGCCUCUGUGGAGCUGGAGGCCCCGGUGGAGCGUGUGGAGCAUGUGAGCCGCCUCCUGGCCCGGCUUCCCAGCCCGGUACUGGUGGUCCUGCGCUACCUCUUCAGCUUCCUCAACCACCUGGCCCAGUACAGCGACGAGAACAUGAUGGACCCGUACAACCUGGCCGUGUGCUUCGGGCCCACGCUGCUGCCUGUGCGCGGGCAGGACCCGGUGGCCCUGCAGGGCCGAGUGAACCAGCUGGUGCAGACCCUCAUUGUGCAGCCGGCGCGGGUCUUCCCACCCCUGACCCUGCUGCCAGGCCCUGUCUACGAGAAAUGCAUGGCACCACCUUCUACCAGCUGCCUGGGGGACACCCCGCUGGAGGGCCUGGCGGGGGACAGUGAGCUGGACCUGGAAGCUGGGACCCCGACCCCAGAGGACGACUUGGAGGGCGUCGUGGAGGCCGUGGCCUGCUUUGCCUACACCGGCCGCACAGCCCAGGAGCUGACUUUCCAGCGUGGGGACGUGCUGCGGCUGCACGAGCGCGCCUCCAGGGACUGGUGGCGGGGCGAGCGUGCAGGCGCCCGCGGCCUCAUUCCCCACAAUUACAUCUCGCUGUCGGCGGGGGCGGAGAGACCCGUGGCGGUGGUGCCGCAGAAUGCAGGGGAGCUGGCGAGCAGCCCGGAGGGCCCCCUGGGCAUGGACUUUGCCCGUCGGCCAGAGCCGUGCACCCCACCUGAUGCUGGUGGCCCCUCUGGGCACAGACGGCACUGCUUCGUCCCCACGUCCCCGGAUCGGCUCAUUGAGGUGGAUGAGGCGGUGGCACAGAACAUGGGCUCCGUGUUCAGAGAGCUCUUGGGGAAGACAGCAACUCGACAGGCUCUCGGGCCCACGCCCACCAGCACCCCCAGCCCCGGGCCCCGCAGCCGCUUGGGCAAGAACAAAGGCUUCUCCCGCGGCCCUGGGACCCCAGUGUCACCCUUGGAGCCCCAACCCCAGGGCCUGGACUCGACCCUCAAGCCACACUGAUGCCCUGCUGGCUGUACAGGCCCGCGUGCCCUCCGCAGCCCUCUCCCUAGACCUCUGCUUCCCCUAGCUCUGCCCUGCAAGCACAGGGCGCUGCUUUUGGCCCUCUGCCUGCCCCAACCUGGCCCUGGGCCCCUCUGGGAGCAGCCUGGGGAGGUGGUGGGAACAGGCCCCGCCCAGCUCUGCCUGUGGGCCUACCAGCCCCCAGGCCCUUGUCUGCCUGAGCCCAGGGCGCUCACCUGGUGAGGUUGGCAGGCAUUCAUAAAAAACCUGUG